GGAAUAGUUUAGACACGAGGAAGUGAUGUAUCCCUGUGGUGCAAUCGUUUCAGGAAAUAGUUCAGUUAUAGUUCUCAGCAAGGUUUAUUUUUCCGCCUUUGUCUUGUGUACUGAGCAGUAGCUAGUAGUGAAAAUAGUAAACGUUAAGACUGCAGGUUUCCAUUUAAAUUGUAUCACUGAACUCUUCUUUUUUUUUUUUUUUUUGGGUUUUUUUGGUUUUUUUCCUUUAAAGAAUUUUGAUUGUCAAGAAUUCAUGAUGAUGAGCCGGCUUUUUCCUCUUUUAUUUAUCUCUGUUCUGUGUAUGAACAGCUUCUCGGGAGUGCAGGGAAGGAAAUGGAAAGGUGAAGGUACUACUCAAAACCUGGAAAGUAUUGUCAUUGGAAGAUGCUUUAAUUAUAUAAGAAUUGUGAACCCUGCUGUUGGUGAGAAGAAUUGUUCACAGAUAUGGGAAGCAUUUAAAAAUGCAUUUAUUAACAAGGAUCCUUGCAACAUUCUACCUAAGGAUUAUGAAUUAUUUAUCAAUCUCACAUUCCACACGAUUCCACCUAACAAGUCUCUUUUCUGGGAAAAUAAUCAGCUACUAGUCAAUAGCUUUGCUGACAGAGGACGUCGCUACAUGUCUCUGGGUGAUACUCUGUUUGGCUUCAUUGGAGAUUUUCUGAACUGGUGUGGGCAGGCAGACAGCCCUGGACUGGACUAUGAAUCUUGCCCAACCACGUUGGAAUGUGAGAACAAUGCAGUGGAAUCUUUCUGGAGGAUGGCCUCAAUCACUUAUGCACAGCACAGUUCUGGGGUGAUACAGGUCUUGCUGAAUGGUUCUGCAGAGGGCGGAGCUUAUCCACAGCCAGGUUUCUUUGCAGAUUAUGAAAUACCUAAUCUCCAGAAAGGCAAAAUCUCACAAAUUUUCAUUUGGGUUGUGGAUGAUCUUGAAGGACCAGAUCUAGAUUCCUGUGGAAUUCGGAGUGUAAAGACAUUAGAAACCAGGCUGAAAACUCUUGGUUAUGAUGUUACUUGCACUGACAAUAACAAGUCUGUAAUGUUCUUGCUCUGUCUGGAUAAUCCUGAUAAUUCUAAGUGUGCCCUUGCAUCAUCUGCACCAGCAGUACAAAGAGGACCUAUAUCUUCAGACAGAGGAGGCAGCUGGAACAAGCUCAUGUUUGUUUCUUUUGCAGGCUUUUUGUUCAGAUUUGCUUUAGUGUACUAAGUUAAUCAACUGAAUCCAUAACCUCUGUUUGCCUUAGCUGGCUAUAAAUUUGGCUUCAAUUAAUUUCUAACAUCAGUUUCACCCUACUUUUGGGACUGGCAAACUUACAUAUUAAAACCUUACAUACUAGAUACUGGCUUCUUUUAGUAUCAAAAAUCAAAAAUUAUCCCGCUGCUGCUAGGAAGCCUCACACUUCAUUUUAUUUUCUCUUCUAGAAGAAGUUCAUUGCUAUUUCCUCUUAUCUUUAUUCUCCAGAAUUAAACUGAGAAUAAUACUUCCUGUUCACAUACUUCAGAAAGAAAAAUGAUACUAUGCCUGUCAUACAUCACCCACAGGGAUUACUUGUUUGCAAAACCAUCCUAACAUCUGACCCUGGGAACCAAGUGACUGAUUAUCAUGUUUUGGGAGGGUGAAACAUAAAUUCAAGUGGGGGAGAUCUUAGAUUGCUCGCUUGAUACAAGAUGAAAUAGGUAAGACAGUGGAAAAUAAACUUAUUUUCGUAAGUGGUCCAGUACUUGGGCCAAACUUAAACUAGGGUACAGCAAGUUUCUGGCUGCAUACUUGCACACAAUAUUUUACCAUAUAAUAUCAAUUGCUUCAUCAUCCACACAGCUUUUCCUCAGCUGGCUGUUUCCUGGACACUGGAUAGCAAAUAGACAGAAAUACCAGGUCUAGAAAGUUCCACAGUUUUUCCACCAUGAUGUGAUUUAUGGUAUAUCAAAUUCAGAGAAGAACCUGCCAAGUCAGACAUUGGCCUGCUUGCAGUGAACUCGGAUAGCAGGGUUCAGAACACACGGAGGAGAGAGCAGAUGCCAUCCUGAAGGUUUCUUGGGUUACUUGUGUGAAUUCCAGUGCUCCAACUAGAUGCUCCUCUAAAGCACCAAGACAUCCAGCAAGAUGGCACAUAAAUCUCCAGAAAAAAAAUGGUCAUUCUACUAGAGAAUAACUUCAUGUAUAUAUUUUUUGCACAUUUUGUGUUAGCUUCUGUAUUAUUUAUGUUUGUAUUGACUGGUUGCCAGGAAACUCAUCUCAUUGACUCUGAUUGAAGGGUCCACUAUAGAUUUAUAUCCUUUCAAUCCCUGAUCAUGUUAUAUGUUUGAAAGAUAAAAUAUUUAAAUUACA